CAUAGACUAAAAUUAAAAACAAAUCUAAUUUGUCAAUAUGGCGUCGGUUUUCUAGAUUUUCGCACGAAGCACGCUAUUUGGAUUUGUUUGUUUCAUGUGCAAAUAGUUGAAUUCAUACUGAAAGAAUCUUAAAUUGCAGCUGAAAAUAAUCUGCAGGUGAAGAUGCGUCGUAAAAGUGAGCGUACUGCCUCUAAAAAGGUUAAAGCCUCACCGGAAAAGAAAGUGGAGAAGCCGAAACGUGGUAGAACCAGACGCAGUAAAAAACCAUCGACAUCUUCAGAAAAUGAGUCUGCUGAGGAUGCGAGUCCAGUGCGGGCGCCGGAGCCGCCAGUAGUCGCAGAGGUGAAGCCGCCAGUGACCCCCGUUAAGGACCCUAGCCCAGAGGAAUCUAACGAUCAGGUCUGGCAAGUUAAAGCAGCUCAGGGAUCCAGUGAUGUAGGAGAAAUACAAAAGCUAAAAAUAUGCUUGAAACGUCCGCCGUCUACACCUGAAAGAGUGGAUCGGUCCCCACGCAGUAAGAGGAAGCAUUCUCGGGCGACAAGCUCUAGUGAUACUCCAAGUGCUGAUGGCUCCGAGGAAAAGAAAAAGAAGCAUAAAUCCAGAAGAGCCACUCGGGAAUCAAAGGAUGACAGUUUUGAGAAAAGUCAAGAGAGUCAGAGUGAUGAACCAGACAAAAAGCAGUCAAAUUUGAAAAAUGUUGAGAAAUCUGAUGAACCGGAAAAUGAAAUAAGUCAAAGCUCACAGCCAGCUGAGCAAACUGCGUCAGAUGAAAUUCCCAUGUCAACUACAACUGAGGAAACUAAAGAGAGUGCUGACACUCCACAAACUGCAGAGGAAGACUCUAAGACCAGUCAACAAGCUGAGGCCAGUACAGAGCAAGAGAAGCCCUCUGAUGCCGAUACAACUGUAGAGUCUCCAAAACAGAGUGAUACCAAAAAAUCUGACAAUGCACCAUCUGAGGCCCAAGAGAAUAGUGAAAAAGAUGAUGAUAGUCCAGUACAGAUUAUUGAAAUAGAAAUUGAGAAAUCACCAGCAUCAGAACCAGAACAAGAAGAUACUAAAGCUGUUGAUGAACCUGCUACCAGGAACAACGAGAGUGAAGCAACAGAACCAGAGAAGGAGCCAACAACAGACAAGGUGACAGCUGAUAAACAGGUAAGUAGAGAAGCAGAGCCUAAAAGUGAACAGUCACUAGAAAGCUCUAAAAGUAAGGAUAAGGAAGCAACUAAUGAUAAUAAUGUUGUAGAGAAAGUCCAACCAGCACAGAGGAAGAUAUCUUCUGACUCUGAUAAGGAUGAUGAGAGUCAGAAAAAAUAUAGGCGCAAGGAAGUGGAACGAUCAGAGUCAGUCAAGUCAGCUCAGUCUACACAAGAAGAACCUGUUGCAAAUGGGCAAGCAGCUCCUAUUGUGAUAAAUAGAAAGCGUAGAUGGGGAUCUCGUCCUAGUAAAGUAGCCUCGCAGAAGUCUAUCACAAUAUCUACUGAUGUGCUCAAGGAUAUUAUACCGGAUGUCAAACCUGUAGAGUUUGAAACAGUAAUUGAAGAAAAAGAGAAGAAACAACACAAGCGUGUUGACAUCAGCGAGAGGAUUGAGAGACCAGUUCUCCCUAAAAUUGUCAUUGAUAACACAGACAAUGUUGAAGCUAGAAGGGAGCAAGAUGACAAGGAGAAUGUCAAGUCGAAAGACAGCCUUCCAAAGUCCAACCGAAAAAUAUCGAUUGUGAAAGACAUUGACAUCAUUACCAGGCCACCGAGUCCACCGAGGAACAAGCAGUCUCAUAUAUUGUACAUAACAAACUUGGUUAGACCAUUUACAUUGCCGCAGUUGAAGAAUUUGCUCCAAAGGACAGGAAGAAUUGCUGAAGGUGGCUUUUGGAUCGACAGAAUCAAAUCAAGAUGCUUUGUAAUCUACGAAAAUGAAGAUCAAGCCGUAGAAACGCGGCACGCUCUACACGGCGUCACAUGGCCGGUGUCGAAUCCGAAGACUCUUCAAGUAGACUUCUCGUCACAAGAGGCAUUUGACAAAGCCAAGGCAAAUGAAGACACUGAGAAUGUACAGUCCAAUUCAAUCCCUGGCACUGUCGAGGACUGGCUGCGCGAACAAGACGCGAAGAGGGAACGCGGAGAACUGGAAAAGCCAUGGGAGCGGAAGACGGCGGUGCGCGAGUGGGACGUGGGCAAGGGAGACAAGGCGAAGGAGGAGACGGCGGGGCGCGACGAGCGCGGGGGCGCGGGGGCGGAGCGCCGGCGGCACCGCACGCAGGAACACAGCCCGGAGCCUGCCAAGAAGUUCAAGAAGGAGGAGGAAGCCCCUGCGAAGCUGCUGGAUGACCUCUUCAGGAAGACCAAGACCACGCCCUGCAUCUACUGGCUCCCACUCUCUGACGAAACGAUUGCAAUAAAGGAGGAGCAGCGGCGGCAACACAUGGCUGAGCACGAGCGGCGCCUGCACGAGUUGCGCAGACAUCGCCGCCACUAUCGUAAGUUAUGUUACAAUAAAUUGGAGAAAAUGGCAUGGUGGUAUAUUUUGGUAGUGCUGGCGGCGGCGGCGGCUCAGGAACCCCUGGAGCCUAUAACCCUGGAGGAAGUGGUAACCGGACAGUACAGCCAGCGAGGGUUCAAUGGAAGAUGGAUAUCUGACACGGAGUUCACAUACACGGUGCCCGGCGAGGCCGGCAUCUACAUGUUCGAUAUGACCACCUUAAACAGCAGUGUGUUGGUAUCUGCCGAAUUGUUGGCAUUCCUGAACACCACCAGCCCAAUCCUGUCUGCCGACAGAAAGUUUAUCUUGGCGCCCAGCGAAGUGGAAUCAGUCUACAGAUAUUCCACAACCGCCAAAUAUGCACUCUACGAAAUAGCUGAACAAUCAGUGACAUACAUAGCGGACCAGCAGCGCCUGCAGCUCUGCAUCUUCGGCGGCGGUCACUCGCUGGCGUAUGUGCUGGACAACGACCUUUACUACCUGCCCGAAGGCGCCGCCACGCCAGUGAGGGUGACCACCGACGGCGUGCCCGAUGUGCUGUAUAAUGGACACACGGACUGGGUUUAUGAAGAGGACGUGAUGUACACGGGACAAGCCACGUGGUUCUCCACCGACGGCUCCUACUUGGCCUUCGCGAGCUUCAACGACGAGGAGGUCGACACCUACUCGUACUACUACUAUGUGGACCAGACGGAAGACGAGGAUGGGUUGUACCCGAAGUUUGUCAACUUGAAGUAUCCUAAGGUCGGCCGCAAGAACCCGACGGUAUCCCUCCGCGUGGUGAACCUGGCGACCCUAUCAGCAUCUUCCCCGGUGACCUGGACGACCCUGCAGGCGCCGGCCGAGGUCACUGAAGACCACAUCCUGGGCGCGGUCACCUGGCCCACGGACAACGAGGUCGCCGCCUACUGGUUCAAUAGGAGGCAGAACUCCUCGAUACUGAGGAUCUGUAAUGUUGUCACUGAUGUCUGUCAGGACGAAGCGCGUGAAGAACCCAACGGCUGGAUCGCCAUGACGAUGCCAGUCUUCAGCUCCGCCGGCGACUACUACAUGUCUUUACGGUGGGGGCGCGCGGGCGAGCGCGGGGGGUGGCAGCAGCUGCACCAGACCCUGCGCGGGGAGGGGGGGCUCGUCACCGAGUCUAUCACACCGGGAGAGUUCACCGUGGACAACUUUGUGGGCAUGGAUGAGGGGAAUAAUCGAUUCUACUACACCCGAACCCUGACCGGCGCUCCGUGGCGCCGCCAGGUCUACGUCACCACCACCGCCGGGGAGUCCUGCCUCAGCUGUGACGUCACGCUGCCAGACGGUGGAAUAUGUUCUUACGCCUCAGCGAGCCUUAGCCGCGGCGGUCGGUACAUGAGCGUGACCUGUUCCUCGCCUGAAGAGCCGGCCGCGGUCUAUCUGUUUGAUGCUUUGAACGAAAUAAACCUAUACACCUGGGAGACCAACGCGAUAGUCCGUGAACGCCUGGCCGGGAAGGCGGUGCAACAGAAGAUCAUCACCACCGUGCCUCUAGACAACGGGCACCCGGCGCCCGUGCGGCUGCUGCUGCCUCCCGGGCUGGAUGUCAACGAUACCAACACGAAAUACCCCGUCAUGUUCUAUGUGUACUCCGGCCCUAAUACUAACAGGGUGUUUGAUACGUUUACUGCGACCUACCACUCGUACAUCACGACAAGUCGCAACAUGGUGUUCCUUGAAGCCGACGGGCGCGGCGCGGGGCUCAACGGAAGGGACAACCUGUUCGCUGUCAACAACGCACUGGGGACCGUUGAGAUGACCGAUCAUAUACAUAUAUUGAAGGAGGUCCUCAGCCGCUACCCGUUCCUAGACGCGGACCGUGUCGCCAUCUACGGACACAGCUACGGCGGCUAUGCGGCGCUGCUCACCAUGAUCUAUGAUGACGAGAACGUGUUCAAGUGCGCCGUGUCCGGCGCGCCGGUGACUUCGUGGCUGUAUUAUAACACGAUGUACACUGAACGCUACAUGGGCGUGCCUACUGAAGAGGACAACCUGGCAGGGUACCAGGCCGGCGAUGUAACGCUGCUCGCGGACAAACUCAACGGCAAAGACUUCUACAUAAUGCACGGGAACGCUGAUGAUAAUGUUCAUUAUCAGAAUGCUGCGAAGCUGAUGAGGGCCCUGCAGCUCAAGGAUAUUCCGUUCCAGCAGAUGUCAUACCCGGACGAAGCCCACAGCCUGAACGGCGUCAGUCUGCACCGGUACAACACCAUGGACCGCUACCUCGACCGCUGCCUCAACAUGAUGUAGUGAACAUGCAUUUUUAUGAGUAGGAUAUUUAAGAGAUUAUGACUUACAUUGUGAAGUUAGUGUAUGCAGUUAUUGUGCAGGAAUAUUCAUAAAAUUUCCUUGAAUUAUUUCUGUGAGUACUUUUAGUUUUUUUAUAUGGACACUUAUUUAAUAUGUAUUGCUAAUGUCGUAACGUCUAAUCAGCUAAUCACAAUUAUCAAAAUUCUAAAAAGUUAAUAAAUAUUUACCGACCUAUUCGUGGUAUGUGAUCCUUUCACGCUACUCAUUAAAUGUGACUUUACUGUAACAAAAUGAAGUGCUAUUUUGUGAAGUAACCUUGGGUAGAAUAUUGUACUCUUUCGAAGCGAGUUGCAUUGAGUAUCGCUUCCUUGCCGAGCGAAGUGAGAGCUGUUUUACUACUGUUAUUUAGAUUACGAGCGGUACCUUUACUACUACCUACUUCCUAGUAUGAGCCAGAGAUGUUACUGCAUUUUUGUAAGCAGGAUAAAGAAUGCU